CGUCAAGUGAUUUGUCUCCGAAAACGGGAAGCAUCCUUCAAUAAGCUCCACGUCUCUAAGUAAACGCACCUGGCUCUGUACGUGGCUUGAAUGAUUGUAUAGGACCACACCACGCCUAUAACUGGCUCAAGAAUACCAUGGGCUCGUCCGAGAAACGCGCUGGGACAUCAGCCUGGAUGGCCACGUUGACGGUUGUCUGCAUGCUCCGUUAUUGCAUUGGGUCACUCACGCCCAAUGAGCACUCGCCACACCGACAGAACACCUGCCGCAUGACCGUCCAAGACCAGUUCCGACCCAUUAUUACUAUCCAUAGUCCCGUUUGCUCCGUAUCGGACAUUCCUGUGGCCAUGACGGAUGACUUCCCGUCGUUCGAGGAGUGGAAGCGCUUGAGAUUCUCGCAGACGCCUAAUAAGUCUACUGAUGAUAAUAUGGAAUCUUCCAACGCAGGUGGACCCGAAGAUGCUCAUAUAAACUCUCACGCUGGGUCAUCGGCCUCACCCAAAACGCUCGAAGACAUAGUGCCAACAUUACGAGUCCCACUCACUGACAGGUUCAACUAUGCAUCGGUUGAUUGCUCGGCAAGAAUACAUUCUUCCCACAAGGAAUCAAAGUCUCCCGCUUCCAUUUUAUCUCCUAAGCGUGACAAGUACAUGCUCAGUCCCUGCGCGACACCCGGUAAAUUCGUCAUUGUUGAGUUAUGCGACGAUAUCCAAAUAGACACCAUUCAACUGGCAAAUUCUGAGUUUUUCUCCGGGGUAUUCAAGGACAUCUCCGUCAGCGUCAGCGUGGAGCAAAAGCAUUGGAAGCACGUUGGUACAUAUAGUGCCAAGAACAUCCGCACAGUUCAGUCGUUCCACCCUCCACCAGAUCCCCACUUUUACCGUUAUGUCCGCAUUGAUUUCUUGUCGCACUACGGCUUGGAGUACUACUGCCCGGUCAGCCUUCUGCAUGUUUAUGGGCUUACACAAAUGGAAGAAUACAAAUGGAACGAAUGGCAAGCUGCAGGGCGAAAGGAACGUGAAGCUGGUGCAGAAGCGGAGUAUUUGGAGCUUGCGCACAGCCAAACAGAAUUAAUCAAAUUGACCAGCACCGCCGUAGGUGCUACGUCGUCCGUCAAUAUAGGGCCGACAGAAUCCACGCCUGCGGAGAGGUCGACCUCGGGCCAGGACACUGUUGCUGAGGCAUCCAAUUCCGCAGCUGCCAGUGCUACGUCCGCCGUUGCCGCUGAUAUCCAGUCAACGCACACCCAUACUCCAAUUAUUGUGCCAACCGAGACAUUAGCAGCUCCAGAGGCUGAAAUCGAUGAUAUAGUGAAUCAAAUCAUGACUGGAGGGCCCGUAUAUGCGUACGCUGCGGACGGGAAAUCCAACGCUUCCAGCAACAUUCCAGCAGAGUCUGAGAUUUCAUCGACCGCACCAUCUGCACCCGAUCCAGCUGCCUCUGCCCUCCAAUCUACCGCCACUCAUGCAUCUCCUUCGGAGUCCUCAACUCUUGCGCCGCUUAAUUCAACAGCAGUACGCUACGUACGCUCUCCGACAGAUUCUUCGACUUUGCGGUCCACUCGUCCGUCUUCCUACUCACCAUCCCCAUCGCUAGCAACCGGGGAGAGCGUGUAUCGUAAUAUAAUGAAACGACUUGUUGCCCUGGAAUCGAAUAGCUCCCUGAGCGUAAAAUACAUUGAGGAUCAGGCGAAAUCUGUCCGAGAGGCCCUGAAGAAGCUCGAGGAUGAUGUUGGGAAGCUACAGACUUCGCAUCAGCUUGCGCUUCGGAAGGCAUUGUUGGAGCUUCGGAACCAGAAACGGGACAUGGAAGUACAGAGGAUGGAGUUCGUGACUCAGCUUCAUACCUUGUCAAACGAAAUUACUCUUGAAAAACGACUAGGGGUUGCUCAAUUGUGUCUUCUUCUAAUGGUUCUGGUUUUCAUGACAUUUACACGCGGUGCAAGCCCUGGAGGCUCGCUGUUUGACGAGCUUUCAGUUCCAAAAAAUUCCAUGCGCACCGGUAGACGACCAAACCUGUUCUGGCGUGCCAAUGGGCUAAGGACAAACUCCGAGCCGGAGAAGCCAAAUUCAUCCUGUACGUCCUGUUUCCAAUGCUCGUGUCACUUGACGACAUAACUGACUAAGAGUGUAGCAACUCUCGCUCAGCAAGCAGGGACGCCUUCCAUCCAAGGGAGAACCCCAGCAUCUCUGCCUAACAUUCGGGCCGUCCCCGCAAAGGACGUCCGGGCGCCUCAGCUCCCCUUGUCUCGCUCCUCUGCCACAAAGAUGGUUGACAUUCAACCACGUGCACCUGUGCUCCUCUCGCCCUUCCCUGAGCAGUCCCGAACAUCCCGAAGCAAAUCACAUCUUCGAGGCUCCCCACACACACCACCUUCAUACUCAUAUCCAUCUCUCGCUGAAUUGACGCCCAACAUCAUCACAAACAACGCGCCAGGGAGUUCGCGGAAAGCGCUUGCCAAAACAUCACAUCUUC